GACCACGACCGAGGUGCAGUGACGAGUGGACGCAGCCCCCAGCGGACCCAGCCCCACAGGCGCCAAGAUGCUGGCGUGGGCGCUCGUUCUGCAGCUGCUGCAGCUGCACGCCGACGCGCCGCUGGAGCUCUGGAACUACGAAGAUCCGAUGGCCUGGAAGACCUACUUCCCGCUGUGUGAUGGCCCACUACAAUCGCCCAUUGACGUGGUGCCAACGCCCAGCAGCCGCGGGCCAGAGACUGAGCGCGUCAAGGUGGACUUUGCGCCAGGCUUGCAGAACGGCGAGAUCAAGGGCAUGAACACUGGCCGCAACAUCAAGCUCUUCUUCCGGCCGGAGAACUUAACCGCACCGCUCAUGCAGCUCUCCUUUCCCAGCAAGCCGACUUUCGGCACCUACAGGUUCCUGGAGAUGGUCUUCCACUGGGGAGAAGGCCAGGGUGACCAUGGUUCCGAGCACACUAUCGACGGCAAGUUCUUCGAUGCCGAGGCGCAGAUGGUGUUUGCCAGCAACAAGUACGACACGUACGAAGAGGCCAGGAAGCACCCGGGCGGGCUGGUGAUUGUGGCGGUGCCGCUCAAUGGCGCCUGGAACCUGCCUGCCACUCAUCCCAUGUUCCCCACAUUCGAGAUCGAUUUAAUCCUUGAGGAACUGGCCGCCAUCAACAGCACCAUCCACAUCAACGCUGACCUUACGCCGAUGAUGGUGAUGAUGCAGACCGCACUGGCGCGGUACUACAGCUACUACGGUAGCUUGACGGAGCCACCCUGCAAUCCAGUGGUGCUGUGGCUGGUCUCGUCCACCGAGAUGUUGCUGGAGCAGGAGUUUAUCAUCCAGCUAUACGCCGAGAUCUUCCAGGACGAGACGUUCAACAUAAAGCUGAUCAGGAACCGGCGGCCCAUCCAGCUCAGCAAGGGACGAUUGGUCACAGAGAACAUCAGUCCGCCCUAGACGCGAUGUCUGGGGCCAGCACAGCAUGGCGCCAGGUCGGCAGCUAUCACCCAUUGGGACGGCAUCAAAGGCGCCGUCACUGGCUGGUGUCAGGACCAAAGGCGCCGUUACUGGCUGGUGUCGGGAUCAAAAGCGCCGUUACUGGCUGGUGUCAGGCACCCACCACCGACGCAGUCAUGCGAUUUUGACGAAUAAAUGCGCCGCGAACACGUGUGUAUGCGUAUGGCUGUUCGGCAUACCAUUACGAUGUCCAGCUAAUGUAUGAGUUUCAUGAUCCUUGUGUGUGAUUGUGUGACGUAACAUAUUUACUUGUAUAUAAAUUCCCGGGGCGUGCGUCCCAGGCAUUAUUUAAACGAUCAUCCCCGGUCAUCAUAUAGCCGUAUGUGUGUGCACCGUUGCAUAAAUGCUUGUAAUAAUAAAUAAAACAGAGCACCUGU